AUGCCUCGUUUCACCCCUUCUAUUAACAAGAUUCUUAUAAAUGACAUUACGAAAAAUUUAAGUCAUGUUCAACUCAACAAAAGUAAUAAUAUCAGAAGUUUGGCUACUCUGACUGAAGAACAAGUUGCACCAACUAUUCCAAAUACUGCACCCGACUUGGAAGAUUUGGGUAAGCCAAUUAAGUUGAAUGCCAAAAUUUUAAAAUUUACUGAAAGCUCUAUAGCUAAAGAUGAGCCACAUUUCAAAAUUGGUGGUAAGAAAUUGUAUUUGCCGACUGCCCGCAUAAUUUUAUUGAGAUCAAACGCCAAACACACACCAUACCAAGCCAAAUUUAUUGUUCCAAAAUCAUUCAAUAAAUUAGACUUAAGAGAUUACUUAUAUCAUGUAUACGGCCUAAGAGCUUUCAAUAUUACUACACAAUUAUUAAAUGCAAGAUAUGUUCGUUCCAAUGUUGUUUCACCACGUUAUAGAGGUCCACAAAUCAAAAAGAUGACCAUUGAAAUGGAUAAGCCAUUCAUUUGGCCCGAAGAACCAGUAAAAAAUGAUCCAUGGUUGGAUUAUGUUAGUAAAGAAUUAUCAAAGUAUAGGGAAGAGGCAUCUGUUAGAAUCGGUAGCGAUGAAUAUAAACCUGGAAAAUCAUUUGAAAGUGUUGUUGGCCCAUACGAGCCUAUUGCUCAACCUUUUGUUCCUAAAUUUUUACAAAGAACCUUUUUAAAUGAAAAGAAGAAAGCUGAAAAACUAGCUAUUGAAAGUGAAAACUUGAAUAAGAUUGAGAAGCUUGUUUCCCAGCAGAAAAUCUAA